GUUCGAUUGGGGGCGAGAAGUAGGAGGAUGUUUCACCAGUGGAUGAGUACAGACCUGCACACGUUUUGGAUGGUUCAAAGUGAUUGGCUGACGUCCACCUGCAUUCAAAAUGAUGAGAGAAAGAAUGUGUAUCCUUUGCGAAACAGUCUACGUUUCCAGACAGGAGAUGGACGAGCACAUAAGAAGUAUGCUCCACCACCGUGAACUGGAGAAGCUCAAAGGCCGGGACUGCGGACAUGAGUGCAGAGUUUGUAAGGUGAAGGUGGUGAGCCUGACUGAUUACGCCAGCCACAUUUCCAGCCCCACGCACAAACAGAACGUGGAGGCUGCUGACAAACCGGAUGACAGGAACAACCACGACGAGGAUUACUUUGACCAGACUUUAGUGGAUCUGGUAGAAAAGAGAAAAGAGCACAUCAGAAAAGAAAAAGAGGCUGCUGCUGCAAAGCUUGCUAAAGAGGAAGCGGAACAAAGGAAAAAGGAGGAUUUUCAGGAGAGACUUAAGGAAGUUAAGGAGCGAUACCGCCUAGAGCAUGUGUGGCAGCCGCCGUUGCAGAGGUUCAGUGGACCCAAUCAUCAAUAUACUUGGUACAAAGGCAACCAAUUUAAUGUCAGCACAGGAGAUGCAAGACCCUGGCACCACUACAGACAGGGGAAGAGUGCCACCUGGCAUGCUCAAGAGCCUCCAAACUUACAGAAAUGGGCAUCUGAAGAGUUUUCCAACAAAACAAAGGAUAGUCACUGGGAGCAGAGCAACAGGACAUGGGGUCAUGGCAAUAAACAAUGGCGACUGCCCUGGCUCAGCAGUGGAGGCAGCAGUAAUGGGCUUUAUGGCCAAAAUAAUAUUUCCAAGUAUGCUCCGAGGGCCCGGCCCCAAAGCUUUGUAGGAUUUCCAACUCCACCCAGUUUUUUUUCCCAGGCUGUUAGCCAGCUUCAGAGUAAAGAGAAUGACAAAGGAAGUCAGCAGGAUGCUGGGCAUCAACAUGGAGAUGCAGCAUCAGAAUCUGACCAUAACAGUAGUAAGAACUCGAAGGCUUUCGGUAGCAAUCCAAAGCUGGACAAAAGCUGUCGCUGGUCACCCUAUCCCGUCACAUCCGGAGUUCACAGUGAUGCCCACACAAGCCCAUCAGAGAAGUACCACAAAGUCCCUAAACCACUAAAGCAAGAAAAAGCACCAGAGGUUAACAGGCAGUCCCAACCUGAGCAGAGACAAAAGCAGAUGAUGCCAAACAGGCAAAAUGAGGAUGAGAGUGGAAGGCAUCGAACAAAACCCACACCCACAGAUAGGAGCUGGAGCAGUUCUCAGAGAGAUGGCCACCAAAACUCUUCAUCUGGUUCCUUUAGUCAAAGAGUAAAUAAACCACAGAUACAUGCAGAUCAGAAGAGUUCCUCAGCUCCUGGUGUCGGUAGUGGAGCUCUGCUCAGCAAGGCAUCUGGUCAAGCUCUGUCACAGCCGAAACCACCUGGAAAUCUGAGUGGACUCAAGAUUCAACCCGUUGGGCUCCUUCAGUUAAGGCAGGAAAGACACCUCCCAGAGUCAUUCAAGACAGCUAGACACAAUGUGCUUGAGAAGAGGGGCUCUUUGGAUAGCUCCAGUAACAACAGCGGGAAGAUGACAUGGCACAUUAUGGAGGAGCAGCAAACAGAUCAGGGACAGAAUCAGAUAGGAGUGAACAUAGAAAAAAGCCAAAAAAGUCAGAAUGCAGCUAAACCCGUAUUAACUCAUGCAGUCAAGCCAGAAAAGCCAUCUUCAGACAGCAGCCAGUUUCUCCAGUCACUGCAAGUUAGCACCUCUAACAACCAGUCACUGCAAGUUAGCACCUCUGUGAUGGAGAGUUCGGCGCCUGCACUUAGAGAUGAUGAAGAGAGCAAGAAAAAAGUGAAGAAACAAACCUGCCCAGCAGAUGAGGCUAUGCUGGUUGCAGAGGCUGGGCAGAGCUCAGAGAGUGAUGCUUCCAAAAGUGGCGAAACACAGACGUGCUCAGAAUCAAACACGUCAUCUUUCUCCAAACUGGACCUGCCCCCUGCCUUAAAACGGGACCUUACCAAACACAUCAGCUCCAAGAGCAAAACGGGUGGUCACGAGCCAAACCUGAACAUCGCCAGGCGGGUGCGUAACCUGAGCGAGUCGCGAAGAGUUGACACAGAGAAGGAUUCAGGGCUCAAACCAACUGUACGGCAGCUCAUCAGCUCCUCCGGGUCACGCCGCAAUGUGAACUGGGAGCAGGUGUAUCAGGAGGUCAGAAAGAAGCAAGACAAGGGAAAAGGCAUGCCAAGGUUUGGGAUUGAGAUGGUGCCAUGUGACCAGGAGUACCAGAGCCAGGAGGAGGAGAACUUGGCCUUCCUGGAGGGUUUCAAUUGGGAGUCAUUGAUGGACAUCUCAGCCCAGGACAACUCCAGAAAGCGCUCCUUAUCAGAGAGCAGCCUUGCGCCUGGAUCUGCUCCGUCCCUGUUUUCAUCUCUGUCAUCAGAAGAGAAAACACAGAGCAAAAGCCUCAGCUCAGAGCAGCAGAGUUCUGCUGGUUCUCCCAGCUGCAUGUCUGCAGAAAGAAAACAGGACUAUCAGUGUUCCACAGAGACCAAAUUACAGAGGCAGCCAGACAAACUAACGUCUGCAACAGUGAAAGUUCUCCAGCGAUCUGAUUCAGUGCUUGGGGACAGCAGCUCGGCGACAGAGCAGUGUGAUGGUCAGGGAACAGGAAAGAGGCGAAGGGCAGCCGGGGAGACUCCAAGUAAAGAAGCAUCUUGUUUGGAACACAACAGCAAAAGGAUGAAGGUCAAAUCCAAAAGAGAGCGUUUACAUAUCGACCAGCUGCUUGCAGUGUCUCUGCGGGAGGAAGAGCUGAGUCGGUCCUUGCAGAAUGUGGACACCAGCCUGAUCCAGGCCCGGGCUGCACUGGAGGCCGCCUACAUGGAGGUGCAGCGUCUCAUGGUGGUUAAACAGCAGGUGACGGUGGAGAUGAGCACCUUGAGAAACAAGAGGAUUGAGUUGCUUAAAGGAAUGCAAGGUACUGUGGAGGAAGCACCUCUGGUCAAGCUGAAAGAAGAAAAGAUAGAUUCCUUUGUAACUGAUCUGCACAUGCCCUCCUCCGUUACAUGUCCCUCUGUUUUGGACACUGCUGUUUGCAGUCCUAAUCAUGCUGCAGAGUGUGCCUCUCCUCCCUCCUCCAGCCUUCCUUCCAUGCCUGUAUUCGUCAAGGAGGAACCCCAGUCCCCGGUCCACAUUAGCUCAGAGCUGGACGCUGUGGACAGUAUAACCCACUGUCCUCACAGAACCACUCCAGAGCUGCCAGUUGCUCAUGCUACAACCUCUCCAGAUCCCACCCUUAACCACUGGUCAUCUCCUGAAAGAAAAUUCGAGCCCUUCCAAACUAAUUGUGAGAAGCUUGCAGAUUACCAAGGGGAGUCACCAGGACUGCUUGAGACAACAGAAAAAGCUGUACAAGCAUCAAGUAACUGUAAAAACCCUUUGUCCGACUCCAAAACCUUGGACUCUCUUAAACUCUCACCCAGCAGGAGAAGUUCUGAGGUUGGGAGUGUUGUUGACUGGGCUGAGAAUCAGUCAACACAGUCCUCGUCAGUCCUUAAUAUGCCUGCCUCUCCAUCUGGGGGGGGUGGAAGGCGUGUAAGGAAGCUGAAGAAGAGGAAGGCGUUAAAAAAGUCUCAAGGGACAGAGCAGCCUGAGACCAGUGAAACUGAGAUGGACGAAGAGGCCUCUAGGCCAAGGUGGCUGCGACAACGCAGGAGGCCCAGUGGAGGCUCUCAGGUCAGUACCUCCAGCUUGCCUGCAGACGACAGAGAGGGCAGCAUGAACACAGAGGACAUCAAGAAGGCAGAAUCCCCGAAGAACAUGGUGGAGCUUCCACAAGCACCUCCUGCAGAUGAUAUGGGGAACUUGGACACAGAGGAAAGCAUGGAGGUCACUGCUGCUUGUCAACAGUCCCAAAUGGAUGCUCCAGUUCCAGCUCUGGUCCCAGACUCAUUAAAACCUGAACCACAGAGCCUGGCCUGCAACGAGGUCUCCUCCACCAGUGACAUGGAUCUGUGUAAAUCAUCUGAGAGUGAUCUCCCGUUUGCCAUCACAUUACUCAAGACCUCUUCAGAUGUAUCCUCUGACCACGGUGAGGAUGAGAUGCCCACAGAGGGGAUGUUUGAUGGUCACCAGGAGGCAGUAAACGCCAUGCAGAUCCACAAUGGGCUGCUGUACACAUGCUCAGGAGAUCGAACCAUCAAAGCGUUUGACCUGGUGAGUCAUCGAUGUGUGGGUGUGUUUGAGGGUCACACCUCCAAAGUGACCUGCCUGCUGGUGUCUGCAGCUCCAUGCCUGCACCAUCGCCUUUAUUCUGGUUCCAAUGACCAGACCAUCCGCUGCUACAGUCUUAAGACAUGGGAAUUUGAGCGGCAGUUCUCUCUGUCAGACCGAGUUUUUUGCCUCCAUAGCCGAUGGAAGACUUUAUACGUCGGUCUGGGGAAUGGAACAGUUGUUACUUUUAACCUCAAGACAAACAAGCAGAUGGACGUGUUUGAGUGCCACGGGCCGCGUGCGGUGAGCUGUCUGGCCUCAUUGCAGGAGGGAGCUCAGAAGAUGCUUCUGGUCGGCUCCUACGACAGCACCAUCAGUGUGAGAGAAGCCAAGAGCGGAGUCCUGCUGCGCACUCUGCAGGGCCACACCAAGACUGUGCUCUGCAUGAAGGUGGUCAAUGAUCUGGUAUUCAGUGGAUCCAGUGAUCACUCUGUCUACGCUCACAACAUCCAUACAGGGGAACUGGUGCAGGCCUUUAAGGGCCACACUCAUGCUGUUACUGUAGUGGCCAUCCUGGGAAAGAUGAUGGUCACUGCCUGUCUGGACAAACUGGUUCGCGUCUAUGACAUACAGACUCAGGACCAGAUGCAGGUCUACGGUGGACACAUGGACAUGGUGUUGUGCAUGACUAUCCACAAGAACAUGAUCUACACGGGCUGUUAUGAUGGCAGCGUGCAGGCUGUCAAGCUGAACCUCAUCCAGAACUACCGCUGCUGGUGGCACGGCUGCUCCCUGGUCUUUGGCAUGACGGCACAUCUGCUGCAGCAUCUCACCAACGACCACGCUAAUGCCAGCUUCCAGAAGUGCCGCUGGAAAAAGUGCGAAGAGUUUUUGUGCGCACGCAGCAGCUCCAAGAAGAAGAUGCAGCUUCACAUGCAGAAACAUGCUGAGGAGGAGACUGAAGCGGAGCCUUAGGGGCUGGUGGUAGGAACGUAGUUUCACCCUGAGCCCCUCCCCCUUUCCUAUAAUCUUCAACCCCCCGUUCCCCGCUCUUGUUAACCUCCCAUAUUGGGGGGGCUAGUUCUUGGGACCCGCUCAACUCAACAGCGCUCCCUUCAAGCCUGUUGUGUAGCGUCUGACAACUCCAUCCUCCAUGUUCGGUGUUGGAAUCCAACAAUGAUACAGUCACAAAAGGAGAGUUGGUUGUGCUGCCGUUGUUUUGUUUGUUUUUAUACGUUCUACACUCCUCCUUCUCCUUUUGUCCGACCACUGUCCUCUUUUCACUGACCAAAUUAAGACGAAGAAAGAAACAAACACACGACUUUUGUUCAUUGAAGAAACUUCAGUGUUGCCGGUAACCGAGGGAUCUGUUGCGCUUUCCCAACACAAACACAUUAUUUUCCCGACUGGACUGCAGUAUGGCAUGGGCUGAGAUGUUUUUAUAGUCGUGCAGUUGUGAUGUGUCAUGUUAAGGAAUUUGUAGAUUUUUUUAUUUUCUUUGAUUAAAUCAUCAUUAUUCACCUGAUGGAACUUUCUGGUUGUAAUAACGAGUGAUUAAAGCCGUGUUUAAUAGCAUAACAAUUUCUUGUUGAAAGAGGGUUUAUUUUUUGUUUGGUUUUUAUUUUGAGAAAAGUAAACAGUUUCUAUUUUCUUUUCCUAGCUAGGAUUAUGUUUAUACUUUGCUCAUCCAGGU